AUGGAGGAGCAGGAAAAACCCACCACCCAAACCCCAGCUUUAUGCGAAGAGUGCAAAAUAAACCCAUCAAAAUACAAGUGCCCAGGUUGCUUAAUCCGUUCUUGUAGCCUCCCUUGCGUCAAGGCUCACAAGGAACGGACUUCCUGCACCGGGAAAAAGCAGUACAAGGAAGUUGUUCCCAUCUCUCAGUUUGAUGAUAAUCUCUUAUUAUCAGAUUAUAAUAUGCUUGAAGAUGUGAAGAGAGUUGCUGACUCUGCACGUAGGAUGAGAGAGAAGAUGUGUGGCAAUUCUCACUUUCGGCUUCCUCUCCCUCUUAAAAGUCUUCGGAGUGCUGCUGCAAACCGAAAGACAAAACUACUCUUCUUUUCAACAGGAAUGUCAAAGAGACAAAAAAAUCAAACUCAUUAUAACUAUAGGAAGAAGUAUAUAUCUUGGACCAUUGAGUGGAGAUUUCAUUCAACCAACGUCGUAAUACUGGACCAUGGCAUCCAUGAAAAUAGAAGCCUCUCCUCUGUUGUUGAGAAUCAUCUUAAACUCGGUCCAUUGAAUCAUCAAUUGAAGCCAUUUUGUGAGGAGUCGCUGGACUCACUUAAAUUUUUCAUUCGUAAGUACCCAAAGGGCUGCAAGUCACCAUAUCGUGAGCUAAAUAUUAAGGAACCCAUACGGAGCCAACUAGCUAACCUAGUUGUUCUUGAGUAUCCUGUUAUCCAUGUUUUUCUUCCAUCGCACAGCUAUGAUUUUGAAGUUGUAAAGGAUGCCAUUCCUCAGAGAUCAAAAGUGAGCGUUAAGGAAUCUCCUGAAACCGACGACCUUAAUCAAAUUGGAGUUACCUUUAGGGAGGAAGAAAUAGAAGAAGAUAUGUCCUUGUAUACUCAGGUUUCCGAUCUCAUGAAUAAUGCUGAGAUACGUGCAAAAUCUAAUUACAGUUCAGAUUCAGAAAGAGUGUUUGAAGGUUCGGUAUCAGGCUUGAGAGUGAAUAAUACCUGUGCUCCCAUUGCUGAAGACAUCAAGUACGCCGAGAAGUGUACUCUUAUACUUAACCAGGAGGAAGAACUGGAGGAAGGAGAAUUAGUAGAAUGA